AUCAGCUUCAAGGUCGAGGGCGAAGUCCAGGGUGUCAACUUCAGGAGCUUCACAGUCAAGCAAGCCAAGUCUCUGGGAAUCACCGGUCACGUUCAGAAUGCUUCUGACGGCAGCGUCACAGGUGAAGCACAAGGUGACAGCAGCGCCCUAAAAGAGUUCCAGCAGCACCUCAACAAAGGUCCUUCGGCUGCUAGUGUGACAAAGCUCGAUGUCAAUGAUAUCAAGACCAAGGAAGGCGAGAGCGAUUUCACCCAAUAA